AUGUACAAUUCUCUCACACGUAUUCAAAACACCUUUGGUUUCUUUACCACUGUCGCAUUUGUGGUCGCAGCUUUUAUCGCUGUGUCUGACCUCUUGGCCCCACGGGCGCCCGAUGCUGGCAUAUUCCAGAAGACAAGCGCUCAAGUUGUAAAGGGCCGACCACACUACUACAGCUCUAAGAAGGAGGAAUACGCCAUCAUUCGAUUCAACCUCGAUGCUGACUUGAGGAGCCUCUUUACAUGGAAUACCAAGCAGGUUUUUGUCUAUGUCACUGCUGAGUGGCCUGGCCCCAAGAAUUCGACUAAUGAGGCUGUUAUCUGGGAUAAAAUCAUUACCAACCCCAGCGCCGACCAUCUCCAGAACAUUGGACCUGUUGCGAUGAAGAAGCUAAAGCGUAGCGCUGAGGGCAAUGGCUUUAUCGGCCUCAAAAAUCAGAAGCCAAAGUAUCAGAUCACCCACCCCAGUGGGAAGGUCGCCGAGAUAGAUGACGUGAAGCUCAAGCUCCAUUACAAUGUUCAGCCGUGGGUCGGGUUUCUAACUUGGGACCAGUCCCGGGAUAUCGGUCACUGGAGGGCUUUGAAAUGGGGAGAGUCGCCUAAGUUCCAACUUCCUGCUCUCAAGCCUAAGAAGAAAGAUGGUCAUAAGAAGAGCUACUAA